UUAGUAAUAAUUUAAAUCUUUACCUCUCUUGCUUCUCCAAUUCAUGGUCGUGCCAAACCAAUCCCCCAACCAAUAGCCGUGCUCUUCGGGCUAGAAUUUCGCAUUCAUCGUCUUCCCUUAUAUUCCUUUGUUCUGUGUUCUGUUCUGUUUAUGUUCAUUUUAUUUACUGUUAAAGUUGAAAACUUUCCUCUGGUUUUUCCUUCCUCUGACCACAACUGAAGAAACAUUCUUUCUCCGGCGACGCAUAAGGAGGCUGAACAGAGUGUCGUCGUUGCAUGAACCGCUGGGGCUGCAUUGAGUUUUAUGGAAUAUGAAGUCUCUCAAUAAUCCCGUACCUUUGCCUGUGGAUACGAAGAGUAGGAAAUCAUGUUUUUGUAACUUUCUUCCUGCAGCUUCUUUUCUUUUUCUAGUUUUCUUCAUAGGAAGCGCAUUCAUAGUUCCAGAUUACAAAGAGAAAGUAUCAAGAUGGAAAAUAGCUGAUAGUUUCCAGAAUUUGAAAUUCGUCACUUGUAAGAAUCAAUGCAGGCCUCCUGGAAGUGAGUCAUUACCUGACGGUAUUGUUUCAAAGACUUCCAACUUGCAAAUGAGACCUUUAUGGGGCUUUCCAAAGAACAACGAAAAUUCUUCAAAUAACUUGUUUACACUGGCUGUUGGAAUAAAGCAAAGAGCUAUUGUUGAUGAAAUGGUAAAAAAGUUUCUAUGUAGUAAUUUUACUGUAAUGCUUUUCCACUAUGAUGGAGUUGUUGAUGAAUGGAAGGAUUACAAAUGGAAUGAUCAUGUUAUACAUGUUUCUGCCCGCAAUCAAACUAAAUGGUGGUUUGCAAAACGUUUCUUGCAUCCUGAUAUUGUUGCAGAGUACAAUUAUAUUUUUCUCUGGGAUGAGGACCUUGGAGUUGAAAAUUUUGACCCUAAACAGUAUGUAUCAAUUGCUAAAAGCAAAGGGCUUGAGAUAUCACAGCCAGCACUUGAUACUGGUAAAUCAGAGAUACACCAGCAAAUUACUGCACGCGUGAGGAAAUCAAUAGUUCACAGAAGAACUUUCAAGCCUGGUAUUUGUGAUGGAAGUAGUACAGCUCCUCCAUGCACAGGGUGGGUAGAAAUGAUGGCUCCUGUUUUCUCAACAGCUGCAUGGCGUUGCGUGUGGUAUAUGAUCCAGAAUGACUUGAUCCAUGCUUGGGGUCUUGAUUAUCAGCUUGGCUAUUGUGCACAGGGUGAUCGGAUGAAAAACAUCGGUGUUGUGGAUGCUGAGUACAUAGUGCAUUAUGGUCGUCCUACGCUUGGAGGCACAAAUGAAAAUAAGGAAUCAUCUCAUUCGAAUAAAAGGGAUCAUAUACUUGAAGAGCCAUCUCAUUCUAAAAAGAAGGAUCCUAGACUAGAAGUAAGGAGGCAAUCCUUUAUUGAAUUCAAAAUUUUUCGUAAACGAUGGCAAAAAGCAGCAGCAGAGGAUAAAUGUUGGGUAGAUCCAUACAAACAAGCAGAUAAACAAAGUGUGCCUAGCUUUCAUUUAGCCCCUAGACCAGUUUAAGUUAAGUACAUUAUCAAAGUUCUAAACAAACGGUUAAGAUUGCAAAACAUGUGCAGUAAUGGAAGAUGGAGUUGUGCAGAGAUCUCAGGCUGUGAAGUGCAAAUAUCUCAAGCAUCAAAUGGAGCAUUCCCGGUCUUGUAGCCGUGUUCAUGAGACAUGCAUCUUUGUUUGUACAUUUUGUAAUUUCAGGACUCGUAAUUACAUCAUUCUUUUUUCAAGAAUGAAAAUAUAGUGAUAUAAAUAGACCAGAAAUUGUGGAGAGAAGCAAUAAGAGGAAAGAGAGAGAGAGAGAGAGAGAGAGAGAGAGAGAGAGAGAGAGAAGGCUCCCAUUUGAGUGAUUAUUGAUUCUGUUUAUCUUCCAUUAAUAAAAGUUCAUAAGCAUAAGCAUAUACUUUGUUUGAUGCUCCA